UAUGUGAACUGUAUCUUGCUGCAAAAUUACCUUAUUCUUAAAAAUUUCAUUUCUAAGCUUAUCCUUAUCACCCUUGGCCACUAUAUCAACUCUUUGUUAUACUGCCUGAUAAGUCAUAAAAAGAUUAUACCUUUCAAACGGCCAACAAAGGUGCAAUAUAUUAGUUUACCUUUCUCCUAAGCUGGCAAAAUGCUGCAACUUAAGGUGGUCACCACGCACCAAGUGCUUUUCCACCUGCUCUUGAUCCUUCUGCUAACAGGCUGCAGUUGGGCCAUUGUGUGCUAUCAUUGUGAUUCAAUUGCUUUGCCGGAAUGUUCCCAGACCCUUGGCGAGGUGGGCGUUCUGCCUUAUGUGGACUGUCCCACGGAGCUGACGUGUACCAUGUCCAUAGUUGACUCCAUCACGUAUCGUGGCUGUGGAUCAGUUACGCCCACCAUCGGAGCCACAUACUCCAAGACCUGCUCCUCCAAUCUUUGUAACGCCGGAGUCUAUCCGCCCGGACGCCUGAAGUGCCAUCACUGCGCUGGCCCGGAUUGUGUGGCUCCCCCCGGGGCGAAACCUAAGCCCUGUCGUUAUCACUUGGAAGAGGAUCAAUGCUACACGGAUGUCAUAAGUUCCUCAGAUGCGUACAGGGGCUGCGUCUCCGAGCAGAAUCACACGCUCUCCAGUGCUGCCGUUCUUUGCGAAAUUAAUGGUUGCAACGAGGAGCCGGGAGCACGAAUGCAGAUCUGCGCAAGCUGUGACUCUGAAGCUGGGAGGGGCUGCAAGAUGGAUCUCUUUCAGGUGAACAGCGGCAAGUGCAAUGUGAGCUUAUACGAGGAGUGCCAGCAGGAGGUGCUCCUGGGUGAACCCGACGACAAGUACUGUUUCAGCUACCGAAAGCUGAGCCGCGUGGUCAGAGGCUGCUCCACGCAGAUUCCGGCUGAUCUAGAGCCUCACUUGGAUGAGCUGGAAAAAUGUAGGAGCAGCGAGAGCAACUGCAAUGCCGGCUGCAUUCCACAGCAGAAGUGUCUGACCUGCAAUAGCCUGAAUCAGGAGCUUUGCCGGACGAAUGUGAGCACCAUAAGCAGCACUACUUGUGGCUCCGCUGAGGCCUCCGAUUGCUUCGUCUGUGAGUAUUCCGACUGGAGCCUGCAGAGAGGAUGUGGUGCAGCGCCCAAUAAUCCUGGAAUAACGCGCUGCUAUGAGUGCGACGAACAAGGCGGGUGCAACAACAAAACCUUCACACGCUGCUAUCGCUGCAGCACGGACGAGGCGGGAGCUGGGUGCGCCAAUUGGGAGCGACCGGGAAACAUCUACAUCGAAGAGUGUGACGACAUAGCAGCCCCUUGCCUGGCACUCUCCUACAGCAACGGCACCACCGAGAGAGGCUGUCAGCGAAAGGAUUUCUCCUGCAACUCCGCCCAAGUGGCCAAUUGUCGCACCUGUGAGGGCAGUUUCUGCAACAAAGGUGCCUUUCCGGAGCAGCGUCUCUGGUGUCAUCAGUGUAAUGGAACCGGUGACCAUGAUUGCGAGAAGAUCGAAAGGGGACAAACGGCCCUGCCUUGCGCUGUGCAGGCCAACGAACCGGAGAAUCAAGCUUUGGCCUGCUUGGAGUACUUCGACACUCACAGUCAGCAGGUUGUCCGAGGAUGUCGCUCCGAUCCGGGUCUUUACUAUGAGUGUCUGUUGAGGAGUAGCCACCACGAUAACUGUCGCAUCUGCCACACACAAGCCUGCAAUAACAGUCCGGGUAGUGAUCUAAAAGCAGCUUAUGAGAUGGAAGCCAAGGCAAUGGCGCUGCUGAUGGCCAGGAGUUCCUCGCAGUCUUCGCAGCUCUUGGGAAGUACGGCUUUGCUAUUGGGAAUUUGGAUGGUUUCAACAAGAUAUUUGGUUGAUAUUUAGCAUUAUUAUUAUCUUGU